AUGGUGUUUUCCUUCAUCCUUACUUUCACCAUCUCCGUCAUCGUUGCCAUCGAAGACGGUAAAACUAAAAUUUCGAUUAAAUCAACCGGAAGCAUUCGAAAAAAUCAGAUGAAGUGAAAGCUUUCCUCUUCUUUAAAGAAAAAAGCUCUUAAAUUUUCUAUUUAAAAUAAUGGAACAUAAAAAUCUCAAAAAAAGAAAAAAAAUGAAAAUGCCAAAAUGCCCCGGGCGCUUGUGAGCUUGUAGUGAGCUCUUAAGAGGACUGUUGCCGCUAAAGAGAUCACUAGAGAUACUCCGAAACGUCCGGGCGCGUCCGGUUUGCGUUACCGAGGUCCUGCAGGGAAGUCCGAGGUGUCCUCGUCUUUUUCAGAAAAAUUCUCUUUCAAAGUUUUCUAGUAAAGAAGAAUUCUUUCAUUUUUUUAAAUACGUCAAAGUAUUCCUGCUCACUGUUAAAAACAGAUUUCAGAAUUUGAAAAGCUGUUCGAUGCACUUUUGGAUGAUUUAUAAUUCACGAUUCCUAAAAAUGAAAAACUUGAUAAUUUAAGAUAUUUUCUUUUUCGAUGCGUUCAAAUUGUACAAUACCUACGUGUCUAAAUUAUAAGACCCUUUGAAAAACUUGAAAAUUGCAAUCUUAUAGGGUUUGAUAAUUAAAAAAGCUAAAAAAAAAACAAAUAACAGGGAACCCGCAUCGAGCACGCUUUCUAUCCGCCCAGACUUGUGCGUCAGGCCGAGCGGCCUGGUUCGGGCCGGGCUUCAAAAAAAUUUAAAAAUUUCAUUGCGAACAUUGUCGCCGAAAAAAAUUAUUUUUUUACUUUUUAAAAUCAUAGUUUUUUUGAACUCAAGUGAAAAAAAUAAGCGAAAAUGUGACUUUUUGUCGUCGAAAUGUAAAAAAACUUACGUAAGAUCCGAAAUAUUGUUUUUUUCCAUUAUCAGGAGAAAACAUCUUUUAAUUUGUUUUUUUGUGCAAAUUUUUUUAUAGAACGAAAAAAAUGUCUUCGGCGAACUUUCGAACAAAUCACCGCUCAAAUAUAUAAAUUUUAAAAUAAUUCUCCUACUUUACGCCUUUUGUUUUUACAUAUUUCCAAAUUAUAGUAAGUCUCAAGCUGAAUAUUUUUUGCAGAAUGCGCCAAAUGCGAUUUACGGUCCUCGUACUGUCGCCAGUGGGAAGACGGUGCACGGAGCUGUGAGUGCCGCGAAGGCUUCGUCCGUAUUUCCAACGGCUCCUGCGCAGGUCAUUUUUUUUUCGGAUUUUCUAUUCUCUGCUUUUUUUCGACAAAUGUUCCAUUGUUCUCGAUCUUUCCGCCCAUUAAGAAUUUUUAUACAUUUAUACAGCAUUGGUUGAACUUCCUCGAACUUUAGAAAUUUUAAAGUAGGAGUAUUGUAAGUUCUCAAUCUCCUCUUGAGCUUUUCAAAGAGUCGCUUACAAGUUGCUUUUUUUCAACUUUUUUUAGUGAAAUAAUAUUUCCAGCUUUUUCACUCUUUUUUUGAAACUAAAUUAUUUUUUUCCAACAAAAAAACACCAAAAAAAUUACUGUUUUUUUGAAAGAAGACUUUCUAUUUGGCUACUUUUUAACAUAAUUUUUGAACUUCAAUCAAUCAGUCCAUUCACUUCUUUUUCAAAUAAAAAAAGUCCUUGGAAAAAGACCGAAUGCUUGACUUUGCUACGAACCAGUGUCUAAAACAGCCCUGAAAGUUGGAUUCGUGCCAGCAAAAAGGCUAGAAGGUGCUUGUCUAAUCAGAAAAGCGUCAAGGAUGCGCCGGUGCACACUUGAGAUCCAAAGUAGGGCGAGCGAAUUCGAAUAUUUCGAGAAACGUCAUCGAAACGACUUCUGGAGAAGUUGUACGGGCACUUGCUCACGCGGAGUCGAAAAUUUCAACUGAAUUGAUGUCCUAGUGCAGACAGAAUAAUCCGAGGAACAACUGCGAAUUGUGUCCUCUCGAAUGUUUACAAGAACAGGGAUCUUCCCGAUGAACUUCCUCGCCCAAAAUUAUAACAAUUCGUUCGUAGCAAGAAUUGCCAUCUGGGAACGACAAAUCACAUGCAAAUUUGCUAGACCGCAAAAUUUGUUCCGGCCACCUCGGUGUUCCUCCGCGGCAUUACACCUCAGCCAACUAUCGGAUAUUAUUUAUUUUCAAAAUAUGAAAGCCAUUUUUAUAGAUAUACUCCAGUAGAGCAGUGAUCUCACGAUUUCUCGUGAGAUUUAUAUAUCAAACCUUCUCAAUGAUUCAAAAUCUUAUCAGCCAUGAGUUUAAAAAGCCAACUUCUAUAAGUGUUUAUCAUAAAUAAGAGAAAGUUUUACACCCCAAAUCACUUAUGAUCUGACCGAAAGGCCAAGUUUUUGAUCGCAACAGGAUUCAAAAAGUUUUUUUUCAGUUAUGAGUCAACUUGGGAUGCCGCCAGAACCACCAAAGGACGCAGAAACGGAAGAGGAGCCAUUUUGUGUGCUUGGCCAGGCUGAGAAAGCCGCUACCAGGUAACCUCUUCUUCAGUUACCUGCAGCUCUAUUUCAUUGGAUCUCCUGUUUCACAUCCGUUUUCUUGCUAUUGUCCUCUGUUUGAAUCAACGCGCAAAGUUCAAAAGAAAAAGAUUGUUGCAAAAAUGGACGAGCCGCCGCAGACUAACCCGAUUUGCAUGGAUCUCGCGUCAUCCACGCCUUGCACUCACGUCUUCCAGACAAUCGCGUAGGAACUUGAAACAACCGAGAACUGGGUUUAUUUUUGGCAUUGAGCCCAUUUCCCGCAGUUCUCCAAAGAGGAAGCAAUCAAAAAGAGCAGGUUAUCUUUUCGUUCCGCCCAGCAUCGAUGAACUUCUCGGUUUUACAAUAUUGUUGUUUUUUUACUAAUCACUCACAUUCCCAAUUCAGAGAAGAUUUGAUACUUUGAAACUGGAAACCACAAAAUAUAUCGUGAUGAGAAAACUUUUUUUUUCUGCCAGUUCAUCUUUUUCCAAUCAUCUUUUUUCAAAUGAAUCGAGACGAUUCAUACGUUUCUCGAGUUUUCAGGAUUCUGACAGAGCUGCUGAGUAAGUACGACCGUAACCUGGUGCCGAAGAUGAAAGGCGUCGACGUCGACGUCGAGCUGCUGAUCCAACGUGUCUCUGAGAUCUCGGAAAUUCAGUCCUCAUCCACCAUGCACAUCCUUUUCAGUCAGAUUUGGCACGACCCGGGUCUAUCAUUUGAGGUUCAUUCCAUUCAUUUUCAUCAAUUUUCAAUUUAUUAUUUCUUCAAAUAGAAAUAUUUUUCAAUAAGCAGCUUGUAUAAUGGUUUUGAAAAUGAAGGUUUGUUUUUUCUUUCAGAGUUGGGCUGGAAAGAACUAGAAACACAAACCAGGUUUUGAGAAAGCUUCACCACAACCAAACUUAAAAUCGAUUAAAUAACAAUUGACUUCAAGUAAACUUCUACGAAAGAAUGAAAAAUAUUCUAAACUAUACUCGCGAACGUUUGAUCCGUUUUUCGGGAGUUUUCUGAGGGAAAUGUUGCAGCACGAGGAAGGCGCGCACUGUCUGACUAACUUGUCGCUUUCGCAUCGGAUGGUGGACAACAUUUGGCUUCCGAACGUCUGCAUCGUCAACUCCAAGGGCUCGACCAUCCACAAAAGUCCGACGCCCAACAUUUUCCUCGCCAUCUUCCCCAACGGCACCGUCUGGAUGAACUACCGCGUGGUCGUCGAAUCGCCCUGCGAAAUGGACUUUAGGUUUAUCCUCAAUCUCAGCUCCCAUCAGAAAGCGUGGAAAUUGCCUCGAGUGAAAUCCUUGUUUUAUGAUGUCUGGAAGCUCGGCGGAAUUCCAUGCAGAUGGGCACUCAGAUAUGAAGCUAUUUGCAGCUUCUUCCCAAUGGACCGCGUCAUGUGCACCACAAUCUUCGAGAGCUACGCGUUCAACGUUGGCAAGGUGUGUGUUCUUCUAGAUAUUUCUUUGGAACAUUCCAACUUUUUUCUCUGAGAAGGAUCCAGAUGAGUCUGGAAAGCAAUAGUUUUGAGAGCCUCGGAAACGUGAAACAGCCCUUGUUGAAUAUUUGAAUUGAUAGUGAUCAAAUAAUAGAUCACGUGAGAGAUAUCCCAACUAAGAGUAUAAAAGAAGUCGGGAACUCAGAUCAUCAUCACUCGUACCGCCCCCGUUUCGCCUCCAGCCUCGCCGUCGCUUCAAGCCUCGGACUGACGACUUCUCGCCUCUCCUCAACUUCAUCUUUUUACCACACCUAGUUAAUAAAACUAUUGUGGGGUACUCUUCUUUCUGAUAACGCACAAGAUACAUUAAAGUUUUUAAAUGGGUCGGUGGUUAUCUCAUCCUGAUCGCCACAAGUUUUUAAAUGGGUCGGUGGUUAUCUCAUCCUGAUCGCCACUUUAAUGUAUCUUGUGCGUUAUCAGAAAGAAGAGUACCCCACAAUAGUUUUAUUAACUAGGUGUGGUAAAAAGAUGAAGUUGAGGAGAGGCGAGAAGUCGUCAGUCCGAGGCUUGAAGCGACGGCGAGGCUGGAGGCGAAACGGGGGCGGUACGAGUGAUCAUGAUCUGAGUUCCCGACUUCUUUUAUACUCUUAGUUGGGAUAUCUCUCACGUGAUCUAUUAUUUGAUCACUAUCAAUUCACAUAUUCAACAGCCCUGUUAUCCGCAGUUUCUUAAGUUCAAUUGGCUUUAUUUUCUUUCUCAAAAACAGGCAAAAAAUUAGAAAACAACUUUGAAAAAAUUACAUGUUUUCACUGCUUACUCACUUUAUUUCACACGGUAAAUGUCUUCAAGUUCGCAAGAGAUGGAAUAUAGUUGGGGAAAGUGUUGGUUUGAGGUUAGACUUCACUGGAAACGACAAGGACAGCCGGUAGAGUUCAUAGAUGAGGUCAAACUGCCGGAUUUCCACAUGACGACGUUCAUUCACGAGAAAGCGACUUUCAUCUAUCCGGCUGGCGUUUGGGACCAGGUUGGCAGCGUGAAAAUUUCUUCAUCCAGUGGAAACUUUUCUAACGUUUAAAAUUUGAAAAAAAAAGCAAAGCAUCCCCCAAAACUUCGAAAUUUUUAUGAGAGCCGAAUCUUUGGCCGCAAAAUAGCAUGGAACGCGUUUUCAUCAGACUAAAUUCUUGGUUUCUCGACGCCACGAUUUCUCUCGCAAUGUUUCGAAGCGUGACAAGUGUUGUUUUUGUGGGGGCCACAGUUUCUCACCUCGGCCUGUCACCUCAUCGCUCAAACUUUUGUGGCGGCGCCAAUUGACGACAGCCUCGCGUUUCUCGUGGUCGCGAAACGUCGGAAGCGGUGGCAGGCGAGGGGAAAAGAAAAACUCACAAGAGUGGUCAUUUCUCUGUUUUUAAAGUUUUCGGUGAAGCUUUCAUUUGGCCGUCAGUAGUCUAUUGUUAGAAUCAGUUCUCUUUUUUCCACUAAUAUCAAGUUGAAGAACUGUUUUGAAAGAAAAAAUAUUUUGAAUAGAAAAAUUUUUUUGUUCGAUUCAUGUUUCGAAAAAAGGUUCGAUGUAUUGAAAGCUUCUUGAAAUUUUCUUUGUUUUAGUUUUAAAACGAUUUUUGCGAUGCAAUGUUGAAGCAAAUCGACAGCUGAACUAACAACGGAAUUUCGACUCAUGUUAAUUAUAUUUUUUGAGACAACAUCAGAUAAUUAUAAAAUUCAAAACAUGUUUUUCUCAAAGUUUUCCAAUAAUUUUUGAGGAAAACCUACAGAAAAUUGUCAUUACCCUAUUUUCAGCUCAAUAUAAAACUUUUCUUCCGUCGUUCUUACGGGUUCUACAUUCUACAAAUCUAUCUACCUACAUACUGUAUGGUGCUCAUCUCAUGGAUCUCUUUCUGGCUCGACAGGUACUCCUAAUCGACGUAUCCUUCUGUAACGUCCGAGUUUAGACGAAGUCUGCCGGCGCGGGUAACUCUUGGAGUUUCUUCUCUUAUGGCUCUAACACUACAGUAUUCCAAUGUGUCGAGAAGUCUUCCCAAGGUUGGCUCUUGCACUGCAAUUUUUCUUCUUUUAAUAUUGCGAUAUUAUCAAAGUUAUGAGAAAAGUUUCAAUUUAGGUUUCUUACGUGAAAGGCCUGGAUCUCUUCAUGUUUGGCUGCAUCGUGUACAUAUUUUUUUCGAUCGUUGAACUCGCCGUCGUCGGUACUUUGGAGCAUCAACCUCAAAGGUCUCUUUCACUACUGACUCUGAUUUGUAUCUGCGUCGAGUAUCUCGAGUAAACGACAAAAAAUCCAGAAUUAUAUUCAGGCAGGAGGAAUUCAUGACUGACGAAGAAAUCAAGAAGAACAUUUUUCAAAGAACUUUCUCGACAAAGUCUUUUCGUUCCGGCUACGUAAGUGUUUUUCCACAGCGUCUUGUUUUUUCCAUAAACCUCUUUGAUGCAUUUUUCGAAACAAAUAUUGAGAGAAUCGGGCUCUUAUUGCCUUUUAAAAAAAAACUUCGAGUCCAGAAAACUUAAUGAAGUUUUUUUUGCAAAUAGCUGGCUUGAGUAUCGCCCAGACAGAGUUGCAGACCCUGGAAAAUGAAAAGGAGCAAUCGGCCAUAAGCUAAUGGUAGUGGGUGUAAGCAAUGUCGUCACAUUUAAUGCCAAGACGAUGGCCGUAGGGCAUUUCUCGAAAAAAAAGUUUUUUGAAAGAGCAGAUUUACUCUGCCAGAGGGCGCAUUCGACUGGAAGAUGAACCUUCUGUUCUUCAGGGAGCACGACACACGGAGUGCAACUCGCCUGUGGACAGCACUGCCUGGCAGAAACGGGAAUCUUGGCCAGAACGAACCUUCGUCGAGUGUCCCGAGCCCCGGCCGCCAGAGAGCAACCAGCAGCCAGAAGUCGAGAGCGAGGCCAACAACAGAGUUCGUCCAGUCUCACUCCGAAAAAUUCAAAAUUUAGAUCAUUGGGGGGGGGGGGAACUAUGAAAACAAAGGAGGAAAAAUUUCAGUAUAUAGUUCGAAUUCAUUCAAUAGACACUGAAUAGGAGAAAAAAAUAUAAUUUGAAAACCUUUUUUUCGCGCAAUUACAGAAAACAGUUGAAAAAAAGUUUGUUCUCUUCACAAAUGUUUGCUAGUGUGUUCGACGGCGCAAAAUUUGAAAUAUCGCUGGAAACAGUUUUUCGCUCUGAAAAUAUCAAACCAGGUUUUGAAUAUUAGGUAUGAAUGUUAUGAGUAUGAGCGUUGUAAUAUUAACAAAUUAUUAUCAAUAUUGUAUUUUAGAUGCUGGUUUUCGUGAGGCAAAGACGAGCGUCGCGCAAGAAGAGACGGCGUCUCGUCAGCAACAAAUUGUUCCAUCGCUGGUCCGGCGAGGACAUGGACAAGUUGGUUCUUUCUCAGUCACAAGCUCUUUUUAAGAACUGAAACUACUGAUUCAGUUUAACUUUCCUUAACUUUCCUUAUCGAUUCAAUACUUGUAGGUUCUGUCAGAAAUUUUUCCCGAUCAGCUUCACGUUCUGCAACCUCAUCUACUGGAUGUACUACACGGCUAAAUCGAAAGACUGA